AUGGCGAGCAACAUCACCGAAGGUUUCAUGGCUAGCGACAAGGUUGGAGGUCUCGUCCUCCCACUGACGAUUAAGACGCUCGGAGACUCGAGUGGCGUGUUUUAA